GCCAGGGGUGUGUCCUCAGGUUGGUCUGGAAUGAGAAGCCUUUGCUGCUUAAAGUCUCAUGUCAGCCUCCUGUGUUAGUUCUUCCCAAGUUCCUGUUCACUCUACAUAGCAGGUUUCUAGAUAUUCCUCAUGUCUUAAAGGGAAUUGCUUUCCUAAUGCACUUCAUCAGAACUGGCAACAUCCACAGAACCUGGGAGUCAGGAGAGGUCACAGACAAGGGAACUGCCCUUGUGUUUUAGGAAGGACAGUCUGGUGGCUGAGGGAAAGGACUGUGGAGGUGACCUGCAGGCAAGGAGACAAAGAGGCUGAUGUAAAAAUCCGAACAAGAAAAGAGACCUGUAAUCUCCAUCCCCCAAAAGGCACAGUUUCCGAAGGACGAACGCGUUCGAAGCAGGUGUCACCUUCCUGGGCUUUGGUUUGCUCCCAUCGUAACGGGACAGGGUACCGCUGGCGCAGCCAAUGGAGGCCGGCCUGUGGCUGGGGCGCUCCAAGGUUCCAGUGGUAAUCCAGGCCUGGAGUCUCCGGGCAAGCAGCCCGCGGCACACGUGGCCCCGCCCCUGCCUCCGCCCCGGUCCCGGAGUGGCUCCGGCGGGGGGCGGGGCCAGCGUGCUGCCUGCGCCAGGCUUUUUCCCGUUGGUAGGUGGUGGCUCGAGCCCGGAAGCCGACUGGGGCGGAGGCGGAGGCGGAGGCGCCUCGGGCCCGCCCGGGGUGCGGGGUUGUACUCUACUCGGCUCCCGGGCCCGUGCCGUGGCAGCCAUGCAGCCCCCGCCCCCCGGCCCACUGAGCGACUGUCUGCGGGACUGGGAGGAUCUGCAGCAUGACUUCCAGGGCAUCCAGGAGACCCACCGACUGUACCGCCUGAAGCUGGAGGAGCUGACCAAGCUGCAGAACAACUGCACCAGCUCCAUCACUCGGCAGAAGAAGCGGCUCCAGGAGCUGGCCCUUGUGCUGAAGAAAUGCAAACCCUCCCUACCGUCAGAAGCCAAGGAGGCUGCACAGGAGCUCGAGAACCAGAUGAAAGAGCGCCAAGGCCUCUUCUUUGACAUGGAAGCCUAUUUGCCCAAGAAGAAUGGGUUGUACCUGAGUCUGGUUCUGGGGAAUGUCAAUGUGACACUCCUGAGCAAGCAGGCUAAGUUUGCUUAUAAAGACGAGUAUGAGAAGUUCAAGCUCUACAUCACCAUCAUCCUCAUCCUCAUCUCCUUCACCUGCCGCUUCCUGCUCAACUCCAGGGUGACAGACGCUGCCUUCAACUUCCUGCUGGUCUGGUAUUACUGCACCCUGACCAUCCGUGAGAGCAUCCUCAUCAACAACGGCUCCCGGAUCAAAGGCUGGUGGGUCUUCCAUCACUACGUGUCCACCUUCCUGUCGGGAGUCAUGCUAAUGUGGCCUGAUGGUCCUAUGUACCAGAAAUUCCGGAACCAAUUUCUGUCCUUUUCCAUGUACCAGAGCUUCGUGCAGUUCCUCCAGUAUUACUACCAGAGUGGCUGCCUGGACCUCCUGCGGGCCUUGGGGGAGCGACACACCAUGGACCUCACUGUGGAGGGCUUCCAGUCCUGGAUGUGGCGGGGCCUCACCUUCCUGCUGCCUUUUCUUUUCUUUGGACACUUCUGGCAGCUUUUUAACGCACUGACACUGUUUAACCUGGCCCGGGACCCUCAGUGCAAGGAAUGGCAGGUGCUCAUGUGUGGCUUCCCCUUCCUCCUCCUCUUCCUUGGCAAUUUCUUCACCACCCUGCGGGUCGUGCACCAGAAAUUGCACAGUCAGCAGCACAGGAGCAAGAAAGAAUGAGGCUGGGCCUCUCCCUGCUGGCCCCAAAGGGGCUUCUGCAUCCCGUGUGUUGUGGAGGGGACAGGAGGCACUUGGGAUGUGAGUGUGUGUGUGCGUGUGUGCCUACAUGUGCGCAUCUGUCUCCUCUUCUCCCCUGGGUUUUGUGGGCUCUGUGGGCCCUAAGGAAGUCCUAGGCCUGUGUCCUAGCCUGCAAAGAGCUCAGGGCCAGGGGCCUCAAUAAAUGACUCACAGGUGGC